GUGCCGCUAUAAAUGCCAUGUGCGAUGCCCGGGAUGCCUGUAGAUGCAAUUCGAUUUGAGCAAGGACUAUCAUCCCAUUUGUGAUUUUGAGUUUGCGGGUUUUAUAAGGUUGAAAUGGUGAUUCUGAAGACCUCGGGUUUUUUUUUUUGUCACUUUUUUGGCCUGCUGCUCGCGUGCCUCGCGCAACAGGUCUGCGUAUCAGACGCUGCGCGCGAGAAGGGGCGCAGGGAGCUCCUCGCCGGGGAUCGAGAGACGGAGCCGGUCCGGGUCAGGGGCUCCGGCAGAGCGGACAGAGGGAUGAGGUCCACCGAACCCAAAGGAAAAUUCUCCACCAAGAACAGCCUUCGGUGUACCUGGGCGUCAAAGAAAGAGCGGGAUGUGGUGAAGCUCCAGAAUUCAGAAUGCGAGAACUCGGAGGGGAGGAAGCACCUGCCAGGGACGGAGUGAGUUCCAUGAAGGUGUGCGAGUACGUCGGCAAACCCGCACGCUGCCCGGCUUACAUCUCAAACCCCGCGGGCUUCUGGAAACAGGUGUCCCGCACGCUGAAAAAGAUGGAGGGCCAGUUGUGCGAGGACACUCGCGCAAUGGUGAGAGCCUCGAUGUGUAAGCGUGCGCCCAGAGAAGUACACUUCAAACUCGGCCCGGGGGGCCCGCGAGCCGACCACGAGACCACAACCAUGCGUGCUUCCCGCUCUUCCACCACCUCCACCCCCUCCACCACCACCACCACUACCACGCACAAAGACGAUCGGGAGACUGUCAAGUCGACCACCGUCAGUGGUCAAGAGUGCACGCCCGCGAACAAGGCCAACCGGGGCGAAGAGUAUUGCAGUGGACCGUGGUCGAGUGUGUGCUCCUUCUUUUUCUCCAUGCUGGACAGCGCGGAAUGCUGAUCAUCUGCAGGUUAUUGAUUAAAAAAAAGGUUUUAGAUCUGGUGGGACUUUAUGGACAGAACAGCUUUUGCGCUGCUGUUGACCUGAAGAGAAUAGGCUAUUGUUAAUGGGAAGUUAUUUUCUGGUCGCAAUAAUCUCAACAAACCACUAAGAACAUAAUCUGUCCCACUGUAUUUAUGCUCAACAAAUAAAUAUUUUAUAUAAAU